AUGGGAGGUGUGGAUGAUGAAGAACCAGCUUUGAAACGUAUGAAGCUUUCCUCGAACGGUAUAGUUGGCUUGUCUAACGGAUCAUCUUCUGUAGAGCCUGUUGGAGGAGGGUUGUCUAGUGACUCUAUGGCUCGAACACUUCCAUCUAAAGAGGACGAACAGGUUGUCGGUUCCAAAGGGGUUAUAAAGAGAGACGAGUUUGUGAGAAUAAUUGCAAAGGCGUUGUAUUCUCUUGGUUACAUAAAGAGUGGAGAGCGUCUUGAAGAGGAGUCUGGUAUAGCUUUGCAUUCACCUGGGGUGAAUCUGUUUACGCAGCACGUGCUUGAUGGAAAUUGGGAUGAGUGUGUAGCUACAUUGCGUAAAAUUGGUCUGACUGAUGAAACUGUUUUUAGAUCGGCGUCGUGUUUGAUAUUGGAACAGAAAUUCUUUGAAUUUCUUAACAGGGAGAAGGUUAUGGAAGCAUUGAAGACCUUGAGGGAGGAGAUUACUCCACUUUGCAGUUAUAGUAGUAGAAUUCGGGAACUUGCUUCCUGCAUUGUGGCUCCAACACUUAAGCAAGAUGUUGUGAAAGUGAGAUCUAGGUCAAAGCUUCUGGAGGAAUUGCAGAAACUGCUUCCUCCAACAGUGAUGAUACCCGAAAAAAGGUUGGAACAUCUGGUUGAACAAGCCCUUAUCUUGCAGCAAGAGGCUUGCCCAUUUCACAACUCAAUGGAUAUGAUGUCAUUAUAUUCUGAUCAUCAUUGUGGAAAAGAUCUGAUACCUUCUAAAACUGUACAGAUAUUAGAAAAACACGAUGGUGAAGUCUGGUUUGUAAAAUUUUCAAAUAAUGGAAAAUAUUUAGCUUCAGCAUCAAAAGAUCAAACAACAAUCAUCUGGGAGGUUGGCGUAAAUGGGCUGUCUAUAAAGCAUAGAUUAUCUGGUCACCAGAAACCCAUUCAUUCUGUUUCAUGGAGUCCUAAUGAUGAAGAGCUACUCACAUGUGGAGUGGAGGAAUGUGUUAGGCGUUGGGAUGUCGCUACUGGUAAGUGUCUCCAAAUUUAUGAAAAAGCUGGUGCUGGCCUAGUCUCUUGUACAUGGUUUCCAGGUGGGAAACAUAUACUUUCUAGCUUAAGUGAUAAGAGCAUGUGCAUGUGGGAAUUAGAUGGGAAAGAAGUGGAGUCUUGGAAAGGACAAAAAUCCCUUAAGAUUUCUGAUUUGGAUAUAACAGAUGACGGGGAAGUGAUUCUUAGUAUUUGUAAACCCAAUACAAUACUGUUGUUCAAUAGAGAAACGAAGGUUGAGAGGUUUAUUGAAGAAGAUCAGACAUUAACUUCCUUUUCUUUAUCAAAGGAUAACAAAUUCUUGCUGGUUGAUCUUUUGAACCAAGAAAUAGAUCUAUGGAAUAUUGAAGGUGAUCCUAAGUUCGUUGGCAAGUACAAAGGUCAUCAGCGCGCUAGGUAUAUUAUUAGGUCUUGCUUUGGUGGACUUAAGCAAGCUUUCAUUGCUAGUGGUGGUGAGGAUUCACAGGUUUACAUAUGGCACAGAAGCUCAGGAGAACCAAUAGAGACAUUGCCCGGUCAUUCGGGAUCUGUUAAUAGUGUGAGCUGGAAUCCAACUAAUCCCCACAUGUUAGCCUCUGCCAGUGAUGACCGGACAAUUCGGAUAUGGGGCCUUAACAGUCUGGAUAAAAAGUACCAAAAUGGACACAGCAAUGGCAUCCAUUACUGCAAUGGAGGAACUUAG